UUGGCUUAUAUUUUCUACUAUUGACUUUCAUGACAUAUGGCCUAUAAAACAAUCGAAAUCUCCACCAUUAGGCAAAAACAUCACAUCCUACCAUGGCCAAAUCACCCCUAAUCCUCCUCUUCUCCACACUCCUCCUCCUCUCAUCACCACUCCCCUCUUUCUCCUCAGAUCCUGAUCCACUGCAAGACUUCUGCAUUGCUGAUCUCCAGUCCCCCAUCUCCAUAACCGGCUUCCCCUGCAAACCGGCCUCAAACGUGACCUCAAACGACUUCUUCUUCGACGGCCUAGCCAAAGAGGGUGACACCAAUAGCCCCUUUGGCAGCAGUGUGUUGCAGGGCAAUGUUCUUGCAUUUCCAGCACUGAACACUCUAGGACUCUCGAUGAACAGAGUCGACAUAGCCCCCGGUGGCCUCAAUCCUCCCCACUCGCACCCCCGGGCUACAGAGACGGGCGUGGUCAUCCAGGGGAAGCUGCUUGUGGGGCUGAUCUCCACCUCCAACGUGUUCUACGCGAAGAACUUGACUGCAGGGGAGAUGUUUGUGAUCCCGAGAGGGCUGGUGCAUUUUCAGAUGAAUAUUGGACAGGAGAAAGCACUGAUCUUCACUGCUUUCAAUAGCCAUUUGCCUGGUGCUGUUAUUGUCUCUCUGAAUCUGUUUGGCUCGCGGCCUUCCGUUCCUACCGAUGUCCUGACCAAAGCUUUUCAAGUUGAUCAAUCUGUUGUUGAUCAAAUCAAGUCCAAGUUUGGUUGAAAAGUUCCUGUCUUUUUAGUGUUUUUACUUCUGAAUAAUGAUCUUUGGCAGCAACAUAUUGUUAGAUGUAAGAUUGUCUUUUUAUUUUUGUGUUAUUUUGAUGUUGUUUGUCUCAGUGUGGAAAUAUUGAAUUAAUAAACAAAAAAAAGGCAUCAUUGUUUCUGAGAAAUAUGACAUGCUGGUUUCAUUAA